CCUCUGCGCGUGCGUAGUGCGGCUUAGUGGGCUGGUCCGGUGCGGGGACACGGCGAGCAAAAUGACUAAAAAGAAGCGGGAGAAUCUGGGCGUCGCUCAGGAGAGCAGAUGGAAGAAGAUACGGUUGGAAGCCCUCGUUUCAAGAGCUUAGCUUCUUUGCCGUCGAGUUAUGCUGACCUUGGUGAUGGGCAACAUUUCUGCGGAAGAGCCACAGAAAGACAGAGAAGUGGUUGGGCUGCAUCGUUUCGCCAGUUUUUAUUGAUCUCAGAAAAAUGCCUAUUGUGACAACAGACUGCACUGAGAUGACUCAUGUCUAUGAGGAAAGUGCCCCACUAGUCCCUUGACGUUUAGCCCUCCCUCCCCUGGAGACUUGGGACCUGGUGCUGUCUCUGUGCGCAUUUCCUUCCCGAAUCGACCAUGGGCAGGUUCUGCUGGGUGCCAGGCUCUGCCGGGGAUCUAGUUCUUCAUCCCCAGACUGUGCCCGGUUCACCCACUGCUUGUUUUCGGGACCUCAGCCUGGUAGUCAAAAUUGGAGCCCUCUGUCCACAGCAGAGCUGGGCCUGCCCAGUACAUGAGGUGGGAAGGCAGGGAGGGCUAGAGGGGAGCCCUCAGGCGCCAGUGCUGGGAAAGCUUAGAGCUCACCACCUCUGUCUCUGUCUCUUUCAGAUUGAUGGGCUAGAGGAGAAGCUGUCUCAGUGUCGGAAGGACCUGGAAGCUGUGACCUCCCAGCUCUACAGGGCAGAACUGAGUCCUGAGGACAGGAGGUCUCUGGAAAAGGAGAAAAGCACCCUCAUGAGCAGAGCCUCCAAGUAUGAGAAGGAGCUAAAGCUGCUUCGGCAAGAGAAUCGGAAGAACAUGCUCCUCUCGGUGGCUAUCUUCAUUCUCCUCGCUCUGCUCUAUGCCCACUGGACUAUGUGAGUCAACCAUCCUCAGCCAUGCAGGCUCCCUUCCACUCUCUACUCAGGGAGCAAGCAACCUUUCAAGCUCAAGAUGGAGGUGGGGGCCUUUUCCCCGUGUGGUUGCCCAGCAGCUGUAGCAGAAAGGCAUGGUACUGCCUCCUCCUAGUGCUCAGUUGAGGGGCAAUAAAGAGCCCCAAGCUCUGCUGUCUAGUGA